ACUAAUUCCAAACUCUCUCGUCCUUCAAAGCAGAAGCCUUCUCUUCCAAACGAUCUCGGAGAAAAUCUCUGCAAAUAUGUUGGUUUACAAGGACUUCCUCACAGGUGACGAACUUCUCUCGGACUCCUUCCCCUACAGAGAAAUUGAGAAUGGAAUGUUGUGGGAAGUUUCUGGAAAGUGGGUUGUUCAAGGAGCGAUUGAAGUCGACAUUGGCGCAAAUCCUUCUGCUGAAGGUGGGGAAGAUGAAGGUGUUGACGAUCAAGCUACCAAAGUUGUUGAUAUUGUUGACACAUUCAGGCUUCAGGAGCAACCUGGUUUUGACAAGAAGCAGUUUCUUGUGUUCAUGAAGAGGUAUAUUAAGUUAUUGAUCCAAAAACUUGACGAGGAGAAACAAAAUCUGUUGAAAAAACACAUUGAAGGAGCAACUAAGUUCCUGCUCUCCAAGAUUAAGGAUCUUCAGUUCUUUGUUGGAGAGAGUAUGCAUGAUGAUGGCAGUCUGGUGUUUGCUUAUUAUAAGGAUGGUGCCACUGAUCCCACGUUUCUGUAUUUUGCAUAUGCUCUCCAGGAGAUGAAGUGCUAAGCCACAUACCUACAUACGGAGUUUUUUUUGUUUUUUUUUUUGGUACUAUAGUCUUAGCAUCGUCUAACUUUUCUUUAUAGUAAAAGAUUUUUACAGUGUGAGCUAUUCAUACAGUACUAUCAAUUUAUAUAUAGAAUAAUUGAUUU